AUGGAGAAAGUAAACAAUACCACAGUAACUUAUUUUAUCCUUAAGGGAGUUUCAGAUAUUCCAGAGCUUCAGGAUUUGGUCUUCCUUUUCGUUCUCAUCAUAUAUCUUCUUACUGUUGGUGGGAACCUGUGCAUUAUGCUUCUUGUUUAUUUGGAUCCUCAGCUACAAACACCCAUGUACUUCUUUCUGGGACACUUAUCAUUAAUAGAUAUUUCCUCUGCCACUACAAAUUUGCACAAAAUUUUCACAAGCUAUAUAUCAGGCGAUAAAUCCAUUUCUUUUUUCGGAUGCAUGGCACAGUUUUAUUUUUUCUCAUAUUUAACAAUUGAUGAGUUGCUAAUACUGACAGCCAUGAGUUAUGAUCGAUAUGAAGCCAUCUGUAAUCCUUUACAUUAUCACAUGGUUAUGCGCCGUAGCAUAUGCGCUCUGCUAGUUGCAUUAUGCUAUUUGAUGGGAUGCGUGGAAACGCUACCUUGUGUUGUUUUAUUGUCAGAAUUAUCUUGUUUUAAAUCCAAUAUAAUCAAUCAUUUCUUUUGUGACCUUGUAGCAUUAAUGCAGCUUUCAUGCAGUGAUAAACGUGUCUUGGAGCUUUACACACUUAUUGAAGGAAGUGUACUUGGGAGUGCAACACCUGCUAUUUUUACAGUUUUACCCUAUGUUUUUAUUCUUAAAACCAUUUUUAAGAUCCGUUCUGUCACUGGGAGACAAAAAGCUUUCUACACAUGUUCCUCACACCUUACAGUUGUCAUCCUUCUCUACAUAACCAUAUCCUGCCAAUACCUGAGACCAAUCCAAGUGAACAGUUUGGAUACUAGUAAACUUUUCUCUUUCUUUAAUACGGCUGCUGUUCCACUACUAAACCCACUAAUUUACAGCUUAAAAAAUAAAGAGGUGAAAUUAGCUUUCAAAAAGUGGAUGCUUUGGUUUAAAACUGAAUGA